AUGCACUUCCACCCCGAAGUCGUCUUCCUUGGGGGGCUCGGCCUCCUCAUGGGCGCCAGCAGCUCCCCGCUCCCCUCCCGCCCCUCCACCCCGCUCCCCGAGGACUCUGCCUUGGCCCUCAGCCCUAAUACCACCACCGGUAAACCCCUCCCCGACCUAACUCAUCUCACCAUCACCCCCCGCGAGAAGGACACCAACGUGGAGAUCGUCUGCCACGACCACGUCUUCACCCGUGACCACGUCAAGGCCGCCGUCAAGCAGGCCAAGCGCAUCCACGAGGCCAAGGAGGAGCACCCGCACGACUACGCCGAGUUCCCCAAGCCCCUGGACCGCCGCGCCAGCGAUCUGUUCAACAAGCGCGACGAACUGUUCCAGUUCCCGCUCGUGGCCGACGGCGUCUACGACGGCAAGGCCGAUGUGACCGGGCGUGAGUUCGUGAUCGUCGACAAGAACUUUAAGUGUAAGGGGGCGGUGCGGUACUAUGAUGACCAUGGGGAGGACAAGGGCCAUGCGGAUGCGUGCUAUGCGCGGAAGCGGAAGGAUAAGGAUGGGAAGGGCAAGGGCAAGGGCAAGGAUAAGGAGAAGCGUAAGGGUGGUGGUGGCGGCGCAGGCGGCGGCGGUGGCGGUCAUGGCGGCGGUGGUCAUGCCAGCGGUCAUGCCAGUGGUGGCCAUGGUGGUGGCCGGACAGGUGUUAUCGUUGCUGGUGGUGCCCAUGGGGCUGACGAGGGGAAUUACGAUGUUUGCUAG